AUCCGCAGCUCAUGGAGAAGCUCUUCGCAUCCACUAUGGAGGAACCAUCCAUGCUGCGUUACGCUAUUGCGUUCCCACUUCUUUGUGCCGACUUUAUCCAUGCCACCCAUUCUUUGUGCCCUGAAGAGUAUCCUCAUCUGCGGACCUGUGCUUUAGGCCUGUGUAACAACUUCCUGGAAGAGAUCGCCCGGCAGGCUUCUUCAUGCAUCCUGGAUACCUGUGCGGAACAGCGGAACCUGAGCGAGCAGGUGAGAAACCAAAUCUUUUUGUGGGGGAGGAUGCUGAGGAGUGGCUGUAGGAGGCAGAUUGCGAUUGGCAAGAAACAGAGAGAAGCGUCAGAUUCUCUACAGCAUUUUUUAAAUUAUAAUUUUUUUUUUAACAUGAAAAGAUAAUACAGGAAAAAAAGAAGGGGAAAGAAAAAAAACAGUUGGUGGAUCUACAUUGAUAUCUUGUUAAA